UGACACGGUUAUUCUGUUGCUGGAUUGAGAACACGCCACAACUGCUACCUGCAAACACAGGACAUCAUUAUUGGCUCUAAACAUAACAAUGGACUGGAGGGUUAUACUAGUGGUUUCAUGUCUGAUUGGACCAACCUGUCCAGAAUUAAACACCACUUCAACCCCAAGCACACCAACAAACUCCACUUCAACCCCGAGCGCAUCAACAAACACCACUUCAACCCUGAGCGCGUCCACAAACGCCACUUUAACCCUGAGUGACUCUGCAAACACCACUUCAACCCCGAGCGCGUCCACAAACGUCACUUUAACCCUGAGUGACUCUCCAAAUACCACUUUAACCCCAAGCACAUCUACAAACACCACUUCAAACUUAGGCACACCAACAAACACCACUUCAACCCCGAGUGCAUCAACAAACACCACUUCAUCCCUGAGCGAGUCCACAAAUGCCACUUCAGCCCCAAGUGACUCUGCAAACACCACUUUAACCCCAAGCACAACUACAAACACCACAUCAACAUUAGGCACACCAACAAACACCACUUCAACCCAGAGAGCAUCAACAAACACCACUUCAACCCCGAGUGACUCUGCAAACACCACUUCAACCCCGAGCGCAUCAACAAACACCACUUCAACCCCGAGCGUGGUAACAAACACCACUUCCACCCCGAGCGCAUCCACAAACACCACUUCAACCCUGAGUGACUCUGCAAACACCACUUUAACCGCAAGCACAUCUACAAACACCACUUCAACCACAGGCACACCAACGAACACCACUUCAACCUCGAGCACGCCAGCAAACACCACUUCAACCACAAGCGUGUCAACAAACACCACUUCAACGCCGAGCGUGUCAACAAACACCACUUCAACCCAGAGCGUGUCAACAAACACCACUUCAACCCUGAGUGACUCUGCAAACACCACUUUAACCCCAAGCACAUCUACAAACACCACUGCAACCUCAGGCACACCAACAAACACCACUUCAACUAAUGCCACUUCAACCCCAAGCGUGUUAACAAACACCACUUCAACCUCGAGCACACCAGCAAACACCACUACAACCCAGAGCACAUCCACAAACACCACUUUAAUCCCAAAUACUAUUUCAUCUACUAACACUCCUACAACACGUUCUGUAGUUGCUGUGGAAUUUAACUUGACCUUAAGCCUAAAUGAGACCUUUAAUGCAGCUCUAUCCAACACCAGCUCUCCUGAGUUUAAAGAAAAAGCUACAAGUAUCCGUAAUAAGUUUGAGCCAAUUUACAAACGAAACUUUACAAAUUUCAUAAGAAUGGUAAUUCAUAGGUUCAGCAAUGGCUCAGUUGUGAUGGAAUCAUCACUUCAAUUUAAUAAUACUGCCUCCAUCCCAUCUAACUCCUCAAUAAAAGAAGUCCUAUUGACUGCACCUAAUGCCACAGACUUAAACAUUAUUACAAGUUCUAUACGUGUCGCUGAUCUUCCUGUAGCAACAGAUCCUCCUUCAACCCCAAGCACAACAACAAGCACCCCAUCAACAAUCACUUCUCCAACCCCAAGCACACCAACAAUCACCACUUCAACCCCAAGCACAACAACAAACGCCACUUCAACCCCGAGCGCCAACAAACGCCACUUCAACCCCGGCGCGUCAACAAACGCGACUUCAACCCCGGCGCGCCAACAACGCCACUUCAACCCCGGCGUCAACAAACGCCACUUCAACCCCGGCGUCAACAAACGCCACUUCAACCUCGGCGCGCCAACAAAGCGCCACUUCAACCCCGGCGGCGUCAACAAACGCCACUUCAACGCGCCACUUCAACCCCGGCGCGUCAACAAACGCCACUUCAACCCCGGCGCGUCAACAAACGCCACUUCAACCCCGAGGGCGUCAACAAACGCCACUUCAACCCCGAGCGUGUCAACAAACGCCACUUCAACCCCGAGCGCGUCAACAAACACCACUUCAACCCCGAGCACUCCAACAAACACCACUUCAACGACAAGCGGGUCAACAAACACCACUUUAAUCCCAAGCACACCAACAAACACCACUUCAACCCAGAGCACACCAGCAAACACCACUACAACCCAGAGCGCAUCCACAAACACCACUUUAAUCCCAAAUACUAUUUCAUCUACUAACACUCCUACAACACGUUCUGUAGUUGCUGUGGAAUUUAACUUGACCUUAAGCCUAAAUGAGACCUUUAAUGCAGCUCUAUCCAACACCAGCUCUCCUGAGUUUAAAGAAAAAGCUACAAGUAUCCGUAAUAAGUUUGAGCCAAUUUACAAACGAAUCUUUACAAAUUUCAUAAGAAUGGUAAUUCAUAGGUUCAGCAAUGGCUCAGUUGUGAUGGAAUCAUCACUUCAAUUUAAUAAUACUGCCUCCAUCCCAUCUAACUCCUCAAUAAAAGAAGUCCUAUUGACUGCACCUAACGCCACAGACUUAAACAUUAUUACAAGUUCUAUACGUGUCGCUGAUCUUCCUGUAGCAACAGAUCCUCCUUCAACCCCAAGCACAACAACAAGCACCCCAUCAACAAUCACUUCUCCAACCCCAAGCACACCAACAAUCACCACUUCAACCCCAAGCACGUCAACAAACGCCACUUCAACCCCGAGCGCGUCAACAAACGCCACUUCAACCCCGAGCGCGUCAACAAACGCCACUUCAACCCCGAGCGCGCCAACAAACGCCACUUCAACCCCGAGCGCGCCAACAAACGCCACUUUAACCCCGAGCGCGCCAACAAACGCCACUUCAACCCCGAGCGCGUCAACAAACGCCACUUCAACCCCGAGCGCGCCAACAAACGCCACUUCAACCCCGAGCGCGCCAACAAACGCCACUUCAACCCAGAGCACACCAGCAAACACCACUACAACCCAGAGCGCAUCCACAAACACCACUUUAAUCCCAAAUACUAUUUCAUCUACUAACACUCCUACAACACGUUCUGUAGUUGCUGUGGAAUUUAACUUGACCUUAAGCCUAAAUGAGACCUUUAAUGCAGCUCUAUCCAACACCAGCUCUCCUGAGUUUAAAGAAAAAGCUACAAGUAUCCGUAAUAAGUUUGAGCCAAUUUACAAACGAAACUUUACAAAUUUCAUAAGAAUGGUAAUUCAUAGGUUCAGCAAUGGCUCAGUUGUGAUGGAAUCAUCACUUCAAUUUAAUAAUACUGCCUCCAUCCCAUCUAACUCCUCAAUAAAAGAAGUCCUAUUGACUGCACCUAACGCCACAGACUUAAACAUUAUUACAAGUUCUAUACGUGUCGCUGAUCUUCCUGUAGCAACAGAUCCUCCUUCAACCCCAAGCACAACAACAAGCACCCCAUCAACAAUCACUUCUCCAACCCCAAGCACACCAACAAUCACCACUUCAACCCCAAGCACACCAACAAACGCCACUUCAACCCCGAGCGCGUCAACAAACGCCACUUCAACCCCGAGCGCGCCAACAAACGCCACUUCAACCCCGAGCGCGUCAACAAACGCCACUUCAACCCCGAGCGCGCCAACAAACGCCACUUCAACCCCGAGCUCGUCAACAAACGCCACUUCAACCCCGAGCGUGUCAACAAACACCACUUCAACCCCGAGCGCGUCAACUAACGCCACUGCAACCCCGAGCGCGUCAACAAACGCCACUUCAACCCCGAGCGUGUUAACAAACACCACUUCAACCCUGAGCGCAUCAACUAACGACACUUCAACCCCGAGCGUGUUAACAAACGCCACUUCAACCUCGAGCACACCAGCAAACAUCACUACAACCCAGAGCGCAUCCACAAACACCACUUUAAUCCCAUAUACUUUUUCAUCUACUAACACUCCUACAACACGUUCUGUAGUUGCUGUGGAAUUUAACUUGACCUUAAGCUUAAAUGAGACCUUUAAUGCAGCUCUAUCCAACACCAGCUCUCCUGAGUUUAAAGAAAAAGCUACAAGUAUCCGUAAUAAGUUUGAGCCAAUUUACAAACGAAACUUUACAAAUUUCAUAAGAAUGGUAAUUCAUAGGUUCAGCAAUGGCUCAGUUGUGAUGGAAUCAUCACUUCAAUUUAAUAAUACUGCCUCCAUCCCAUCUAACUCCUCAAUAAAAGAAGUCCUAUUGACUGCACCUAACGCCACAGACUUAAACAUUAUUACAAGUUCUAUACGUGUCGCUGAGCUCCUUGUAGCAACAGAUCCUCCUUCAACCCUGAGCACAACAACAAGCACCCCAUCAACAAUCACUUCUCCAACCCCAAGCACACCAACAAUCACUUCUCCAACCCCAAGCACACCAACAAACACCACUUCAACCCCAAGCACACCAACAAACAGCACUUUAACCCCAAGCACACCAACAAACAACACUUCAACUACGAGCGGGUCAACAAACACCACUUCAACCUCAAUCCCACCAACAAACACCACUUUAACCCCAAGCACACCAACAAACACUACUUCAACCCCAAGCACACCAACAAACACCACUUCAACCACGAGCGGGUCAACAAACACCACUUUAACCCCAAGCACAACAAUAAACACCACUUCAACCCCAAGCACACCAACAAACAGCACUUUAACACCAAGCACACCAACAAACACCACUUCAACUACGAGCGGGUCAACAAACACCACCUCAACCUCAAUCCCACCAACAAACACCACUUCAACCCCAAGCACACCAACAAACACCACUUCAACCCCAAGCACACCAACAAACACCACUUCAACCACGAGCGGGUCAACAAACACCACUUUAACCCCAAGCACAACAAUAAACACCACUUCAACCCCAAGCACACCAACAAACAGCACUUUAACCCCAAGCACACCAACAAACAACACUUCAACUACGAGCGGGUCAACAAACACCACUUCUACCUCAAUCCCACCAACAAACACCACUUUAACCCCAAGCACACCAACAAACACCACUUCAACCCCAAGCACACCAACAAACACCACUUCAACGACAAGCGGGUCAACAAACACCACUUUAACCCCGAGCUCGUCAACAAACGCCACUUCAACCCCGAGCGCGUCAACAAACACCACUUCAACGACAAGCGGGUCAACAAACACCACUUUAACCCCGAGCUCGUCAACAAACGCCACUUCAACCCCGAGCGCGUCAACAAACACCACUUCAACCCAGAGCAUACCAACAAACACCACUUCAACCCAGAGCGUGUCCACAAACGCCACCUUAAACCAGAGUUCAACAACAAAUGUGACUUCGUCCCAGAGCACAACAAGCAAAACUUCAACAACAAGCACAUCUACAAGCAGCCCUUCAACAACAAUACCUCCAACAGCCCAAAUUCUUAACUUGACAUUUAGUAUCAAAGAAACAUUUGAUGCAGCACUGGCCACUAACAGCUCUCCACAGUUUCUGGAAAAAUCUAGAAAUAUCCGUAAUCAGGUUGAACCAUAUUUCAGGAGAUUCUUUACACAGUUUAUUCUCAUGCAAAUAGUAAGAUUCAGGAAUGGAUCUAUUAUUACAGAGAGCAACCUUUAUAUGGAUUCUAGUGGCCCAAAUGUUACUCUGGAACAGGUGAAAAACGUCUUCCUCAGCGGAAUUCCAAUCUUUAACUUGAAUAUUGAUCCGAACUCCGUCAGUGUCACUCUUGCCACCAGUGCCACACAAAAUCUGACAGCAUUUAACCUUGUCUUCAGCGUCAAUGAACCUUUUUUUGGCGCUCUAUUAAAUCCCAGCUCUCCCGAGUUUGCGGAAAAAGCUGCAAGUAUCCGUAACAAGACUGAACCAAUUUACAGACAAGCCACUGCGAACUUCAUCCGGAUGAUCAUUUGUAGUUUCAGUGGCAGCCUGUCCAACAUCAAACAUUUUAACUCCGAGCACAACUACAAGCAUCACUUCAACCCCAAGAGACUCUACAACAACUACUUCAACCAUGAGUCCAUCUUCAACCACUACUUCAACUCUGAUUCCAUCUACAACCACCAUUUCAACCCUGAGUCUGGCUACAACUACGACUUCAUCCUCAAGUCCAUCUACAAUCACCAGUUUAACUCAAAGUCUGGCUGCAAUGACCACUUCAACUCCAAGCCAAUCUACAACUACCACUUCAAUUCCGAGUCCAUUUACAACCACCUCCUCAUCCCAGAGUCCAACUACAACCACCUCUACAACCCCAAACUUAUCUACAACCACUAUUUUAUCCCCAAACAAUUCUACAACCACCACUUUAACCCCAAGCCCAUCUACAGCCACCACUUUAACUGCGAGUCCAUCUACAAACACCACUUCAACCCCGAGCACAUCCACAACCAUAACGUCAACCUCGAGUCCAUCUACAACCACGACUUCAACCCAGAGCACAUCUACGGCCACCACUUCUACCCCAAAUACAUUUACAACCACUAUUCUAUUCCCAAACACAUCUACAACCACCACUUUAACCCCAAGCCCAUCUACAGCCACCACUUUAUCUGCGGGUCUAUCUACAAACACUACUUCAACCCCGAGUUCAUCUACAACCACCACUUCAACCCCAAGCCUUCCAUCUUUAAACACCACUUCAACCCCGGUCUGGCUAUAACCACUGCUUUAAACCUUAGUCCAUCUACAGCCACCACUUCAACCCCUAACCCAUCUACAACCAGCACUUCAUCCCCAAGUCUAUCUACAACCACAAAUCCAUCUACAACCACCACGUCAACCCCGAGUCUGGCUACAACCACCACUUCAACUCCGAGUCCUUCAAUGACCACCACUUUAACCCUUAACCCAUCUACAACCACCACUUCAGCCCCAAGCCAAUUGACAACCACCAUUUCAUCCCCAAGCACAUCUACAACCACCACUUCAACCCCAAGUCCAUCUACAAACUCCACGUUAACCCUGAGUCCAUCUUCAAGCAGCACUUCAACCCCAAGCCAAUCAACAACCACCACUUCAACUCAGAAUCCAUCUACAACCUCCACAUCAACCCCGAGUCUAUCUACAACCAGCACUUCUACCCCAAGUCCAUAUACAACCAUUACUUUAACCCCGACUCUGGCUACAACCACCACUUCUACUCCAAAUACAUCUACAACCAGCACUUUUCCCAUCUACAACCAGCACUUCAACCCCAAGCCCAUCUACAACCAUCGCUCAAUCCCAAAUCCAUCUACAAUCACCACUUCAACUCUAAGUCCAUCUACAUCCACUACUUCAACCCCAACUCCAUCUACAAUCACCACUUUAAAUCCAAGUUCAUCUACAACCAUCACUUUAACCCUGAGUCCAUCUACAACCACCACUUCAACUCAGAAUCCAUCUACAACGACCACGUCAACCUCGAGUCUGGCUACAACCACCACUUCAACUCCGAGUCCUUCAAUGACCACCACUUUAACCCUUAACCCAUCUACAACCACCACUUCAGCCCCAAGCCAAUUGACAACCACCAUUUCAUCCGCAAGCACAUCUACAACCACCACUUCAACCCCAAGUCCAUCUACAAACUCCACGUUAACCCUGAGUCCAUCUUCAAGCAGCACUUCAACCCCAAGCCAAUCAACAACCACCACUUCAACUCAGAAUCCAUCUACAACCUCCACAUCAACCCCGAGUCUAUCUACAACCAGCACUUCUACCCCAAGUCCAUAUACAACCAUUACUUUAACCCCGACUCUGGCUACAACCACCACUUCUACUCCAAAUACAUCUACAACCAGCACUUUUCCCAUCUACAACCAGCACUUCAACCCCAAGCCCAUCUACAACCAUCGCUUCAAUCCCAAAUCCAUCUACAAUCACCACUUCAACUCUAAGUCCAUCUACAUCCACUACUUCAACCCCAACUCCAUCUACAAUCACCACUUUAACUCCAAGUUCAUCUACAACCAUCACUUUAACCCUGAGUCCAUCUACAACCACCACUUCAACUCAGAAUCCAUCUACAACGACCACGUCAACCUCGAGUCUGGCUACAAUCACCACUUUAACUCAGACCACCGCUUCUACUCUAAGUACAUCUACAACCACCACUUCUACACUGAGUCCAUCUACACCCCCAAUUCAACCCUAAGUCCAUCGUCAACCACCACCUCAACCACGGGUCUGGCUACAACCACAGCUUCAACCCUGAAUCCAUCUACAACCACUAUUUUAACUGAAAACCCAUCUACAACCACCACUUUAACUCCCCGUCCAUCUACAACCACCACUUCAACUCUGAGUCCAUCUACCACUACCACUUCAACCACGAGUUCAGCUACAAUCACUGCUUUAACUCCAGGUCAAUUUACAAACACCACAUCAACCCCCAGUCUGGCUACAACCACUGCUUCAACCCCUAACCCAUCUACAACCAACACUUCAACCCCAAGCCUGUCUACAACAACUGCUUCAACCACAAAUCCAUCUACAAACACCACUUCAACUCCAAGUCCAUCUACUACCAUCACUUUAACCCUGAGUCCAUCUACAACCACCACUUCAAUUCAGAAUCCAUCUACAACCACCACGUCAACCCUGAGUCCAUCUUCAACCAGCACUUCAACCCCAAGUCCAUCUACAACCACCGCUUCAACUGCAAAUCCAUCUCCAAUCACCACUUCAACUCAGAGUCCAUCUACAACCAUCAAUAUAACCCUGAGUCCAUCUACAACCACCACUUCAACCCUGAGCCCAUCUUCAACCACCACUUCAACUACAAAUCCUUUUACAACCUCCACAUCAACCCUGAGUCCAUCUACAACCAGCACUUCUACCCCAAGUCCAUCUACAACCACUACUUCAACCCAGAGUCUGUCUACAGCCACCACUUCAACCCCAAGCCAUUUGACAACCACCAUUUUACCCCCAAGUCCAGCUACAACCACCUUAUCAACCCUGAGUCAAUCUUCAACCACCACUUCAACCUCAAGUACUCCUACAAGCCCCCCAUCAACAAGCACGUCUUUAUCUCUAACUACUCCUACAACACCUUCUGUAGUAGCUGCAUCUUUUAAUUUGACCUUUAGCAUCAAUGAACCAUUUGUUGAAGCUCUAUCCAACACCAGCUCUCCUGAGUUUGAAAAAAAAGCUACAAGUAUCUGUAAUAAGCUUGAACCCAUUUACAGACAAGCCUUUAGAAACUUCCUCCGAAUAAUAAUUCUUAGAUUUUGGAGAGGCUCUACGGUGGCAGACUCCAUUCUUGAAUUUAAUAACACUGCCAGCAUCCCAAGUAACCUCACAAUUACGAGCAUCCUUGUUAAUGCAACUAAUACCACAGAUUUAAACAUUACUGCAGAUUCUAUACGUGUCACCCAGUGGCAACAGAUCCACCAGCUACAAGCACCCAAUCAACAAUCAUUUCAACCCCAAGCACCUCUACAAACACCACUUCAACCACGAGCACAUCUACAACCAUCACUUCAACACAGAGGACUUCUACAAACACCUUUUUAA